AACUCCACUCCUCCAAUAACGAAGGUGUCGCACAGAAUGAAAUUUGAUCAGUGAUGCAUUAUGCAUACCGAGAUAAACUGUUAAGUAAAAAGCACGCACUUUUCUUAUUAAAGCAUUCCCGGUCACAAGGGGGACAUUGAAGGAUUAGGAGAAUCUCUACUCAUAAAAGCCUGUGACACAUUUUCACACCUCCUGUGAGGCGCCCAUGGCCACAGCAAAGCUCCCGGAAGCUGUGUGUAUUGGCAAAUAACACCGUGAAACACGGAGGACACGGCGGAUCUCCAUGGAUUUUCCAUCGUAGACUUUCCACGGUGGAGUGUAUAAAACUCGUGUCGUGUACUGUAAAAUCUGAGAGUGAAAAAAAAAAAAAAUGAUUGUUUCCUUUAUCGUGUGUAUUUUGUCUAAACAAGAGACCAUGAUUUACCUUUGAUUAAAAACAAAGUGGAUUUGAUACAAACAAGUUCCAUCCGGUUGUCCGCGUAAUCAUGACCAAAUAUGGAGUGUCGUCAACGUCAAAGGGAGGAUUGGCUGUUCCGUUUAACAUAAACUCCCGUGAAAAGCUUGACACGAUGGCUAACCAGGUGGUAGUUGUUCAGCAGCCAGUGGCGAAUUCUGGCAAUCCGCUGAUGGUGACGGGGAUUGAUGGCCACAGACACUGGAGCACGGGACUGUUUGAUUGCUUUUCUGAUAUUACGUCAUGCUUGAUGGGGUAUUUCUGCCUGCCUUGCACUAUCUGUAGCGUGGCCUCCAGGACGGGUGAGUGCUGCUGCAUGCCCUACUGUGUCCCAGGAGGAACUAUCCUGAUGAGGAAUAGAAUAAGAACAAUAGGAGGCAUCCAGGGGUCGGCCUGCAAUGAUUGCAUGGUGAUGUCUUGCUGCGGAGUAUGUGCAGUGUGUCAAAUGCAAAGGGAACUGGACAACAUGGGACUCCCAUAAAGGAAAAACAUAUCUGUAUGAACUGAUGUUUUAUCCUCUUUUCCCAUCAGACGCUUUCGUUUACAAUAUAACAGCUAUUUUAUAUAUAGAAACAUCUAUUAUUGUAUAUAUUGAUGAGGUAAAUCUAUGUUGUACAAACAAAAUGUAGACCUAAUCUAAAUGAUUUUGACUUGACGAAAUAAAUAUAUAAACCUAA